CCCAGGGCUGCGGGUGGGGCAGAAGGCAGCGUGAGUCGCGGCUGCUCAGCGUGCACCUGAGAGCCGACGCCCGGGUCAUCCAACCUGUGUCCGCACGGUAUCUGCCGCCAUGAACCGCUUCAAGGUGUCCAAGUUCCGGCACAUGGAGCCCCGUCCGUCCCGCCGAGAGGCCUGGAUCAAUGACAUUCGUGCAGGAACCGCCCCUUCAUGUGGGAACCAGAUAAAAUCGAGCUGUACCUUGAUUGCCUUCAACUCUGACUGUCCAGGUGUGUUGGGCAUUGUGGCCCUGGAAGGCCAAGGAGAAGACAAGAGACACGUGGCCUACCUGGGCUGUCAUUCAGACCUGGUCACUGAUUUGGACUUCUCUCCUUUUGAUGAUUUCCUCCUAGUCACGGGCUCUGCUGACAGGAUGGUGAAGCUGUGGCGGUUGCCAAGUCCCGGCCAGGCCCUCCCCUCAGUGCCUGGGGUGGUGCUGGGCCCUGAAGUGCUGCCAGUGGAAAUAGUGCAGUUCCACCCCACUGCAGAUGGUGUUCUGGCAAGUGCAGCAGGCAGGGCUGUGAAGGUCUGGGAUGUGACCAAAAAGCAGUCUCUGACAGAGCUGGAGGCCCAUGGGGACCUGGUACAGAGUGUUGUCUGGAGCCGGGAUGGAGCCCUUGUGGGCACGGCAUGCAAGGACAAGCAGCUGAGGAUCUUUGACCCCAGAGCAAAGCCUGAGGCCUCUCAGAGCACACAGGCCCAUGAGAACAGCAGGGACAGCCGGCUGGCAUGGACCAGUACGCAAGAGCACCUCAUGUCCACGGGACUCAACCAGAUGCGUGAGCAAGAAGUGAAACUGUGGGACACCCGUUUCUUCUCCAGUGCCCUGGCCUCCCUCACCCUGGACACCUCACCCGGGUCUCUCAUGCCCCUGCUGGACUCAGACUCUGGGCUCCUGGUCCUGGCAGGAAAGGGCGAGCGUCAACUGUACUGCUAUGAGGUCGCCCUCCAGCAGCCAGCACUGAGUCCAGUGACCCAGUGUGUCCUGGAGAGUGUGCUGCGGGGUGCCGCUCUUGUUCCCCGUCGGGCGCUGGCUGUCAUGGGCUGUGAGGUGCUCCGCAUCCUGCAGCUGAGCGAUACAGCCAUCAUACCCAUCAGCUACCAUGUGCCCCGAAAGGCUGUGGAAUUCCACGAGGACCUGUUCCCAGAUACUGCUGGCUGCAUUCCUGCCUCUGACCCCAACACCUGGUGGGCUGGGAGCAACCAGCAGGUGCAGAAAGUCAGCCUCAACCCAGCCCAUCGGCCUCACCCCAGCUUCACUUCCCUCUUGGUGGCCCCUGAGGAAGUGCCCCCUGACACAGCCCAGUUUGCAGAGAUGCCCAGGGCUGAUGCAGACCCAAGUGAGGGCUUCUCUCCUCCCAGCUCGCUGACUUCGCCCUCCACACCCUCCAGCCUGGGGCCCUCACUCUCUAGCACCAGUGGCAUUGGGACCAGCCCCAGUCAGAGAUCACUGCAGAGCCUGCUGGGACCCAGCUCCAAGUUCCGCCACACUCAGGGUAGCGUCCUGCACCGAGACAGCCACAUCACCAACCUCAAGGGACUCAGCCUCACCACGCCUGGUGAGAGCGAUGGCUUCUGCGCCAACCAGCUGCAUGUGGCUGUGCCCCUGCUCAGCAGCGGUGGACAGGUGGCCGUGCUCGAGCUGCAGAAGCCUGGCCGCCUACCUGACACAGCACUGCCCACGCUACAGAAUGGGGCAGCUGUAACCGAUCUGGCCUGGGACCCUUUCGAUCCCCACCGCCUCGCUGUGGCCGGGGAGGAUGCCCGGAUCAGAUUGUGGAGAGUGCCCCCAGGGGGCCUGAAGGACAUGCUCACUAAACCUGAGGCUGUGCUCACAGGUCACACAGAAAAGAUCUACUCUUUGCGCUUCCACCCAUUGGCGGCAGAUGUUCUGGCCUCCUCUUCCUAUGACCUCACCAUUCGCAUCUGGGACCUUCAGGCGAGGGCUGAGCGACUGAGGCUGCAAGGCCAUCAGGACCAGAUCUUUAGCUUGGCCUGGAGUCCUGAUGGUCAGCAGCUGGCCACUGUCUGCAAGGAUGGGCAUGUGCGGGUUUAUGAGCCCCGGAGUGGCCCUGAGCCCCUGCAGGAAGGUCCAGGACCUGAGGGUGGCCGCGGAGCUCGCGUUGUUUGGGUGUGUGAUGGUUGCUGUCUGUUGGUGUCUGGCUUUAACAGCCAAAGUGAGCGCCAGCUUCUGUUGUAUAUGGCUGAUGCCUUGGCAGGUGGCCCCUCAGCUGUGCUGGGUCUCGACGUAGCUCCCUCGACCCUCCUACCCAUCUAUGAUCCUGACACCAGCCUGGUGUUCCUCACUGGCAAGGGUGACACCCGUGUGUUCCUGUAUGAGCUGCUCUCUGAGGCCCCUUUCUUCCUGGAGUGCAAUAGCUUCACAUCUCCUGACCCACACAAGGGUUUCAUCCUCCUACCCAAGACUGAGUGUGAUGUGCGGGAAGUGGAGUUUGCCCGAUGCCUACGGCUGCGCCAAACCUCCCUGGAGCCUGUUGCUUUCCGGCUACCCCGAGUCAGGAAAGAGUUCUUCCAGGAUGAUGUGUUUCCAGACACUGCUGUGAGCUGGGAGCCAGUGCUCAGUGCUGAGGCCUGGCUAGGAGGUGUUAAUGGACAGCACCGACUACUCAGCCUGCAGCCCCCUGGCAUGACCCCAGUAAGCCAAGCCCCGCGUGAAGCCCCUGCCCGGCGGGCCCCAGCCUCAGCGCAGUACCUGGAAGAGAAGUCAGAUCAACAAAAGAAGGAAGAGCUGCUGAGUGCCAUGGUGGCAAAGCUAGGGAACCGGGAGGACCCGCUACCCCAGGACUCUUUCGAAGGGGUGGAUGAGGAUGAGUGGGACUAGCCUGCUCACCUCUGGUCUCAUCUGCUGCUGCUGCCACCUCCUAGAACCACAUGGUGCCCCUGCACACCUCACAUCUCUUCAAUCUGGAAGAUCUCUCUGGCCCUGGCACAUCCAUCCCAGAAGCCUUGGCUUACUGCAGGCCACGGGCACUUCCAUGGUUGCUGGGCUCACUGCAACUCCCAGGGAUUGUGUGCACCUCAGCUUUCUUUGGGACCAGCUGCUUGUCCUCAACUGCCUGCUAGCAUGUGGAACCAAAGAGCAUGGGGUUGGGGUCAGUACCAUGUCCCUAGGCAGGCCCUGGGCUCCCUGUAUCCCCUAUUCUUUCUGCUAAAGUGGGCUGGUCCCAGCCUGGGCUGGUCUUAUCCAGCACCUUCAGAUACUAUAUGCCAACCCAUCUUGCCUGCUAUCCUAGUUCCUGUUAAGGGUAUGGGGGCUGGCCCCCCACCAAGAUGUUUGGAGCAGCUCCAGCCUCAGGGGCCUGGGACCAGUUGCCCUGCUUCCCAGGCUUGCAACCAGGAGAAGGGGCCUCACCAAACUGAUGGCCCAAUUAGGGUGGUGGGAACCCUGCAAGGACGGGCCUGCACAUGCUUGGAUGUUUUCAGCAAUUAAACUUUUUUAAGCUGUC